AUGGCGAUCAGAAAGCUUCCUCUGCGACGCGCAGUCCGUUAUCUGAAAAACGUCGUUGACAAGAAAGAGUGCAUUCCUUUCCGCCGUUUCAAUGGUGGAGUUGGCCGCUGCGCUCAGGCUAAACAGUUUGGGACCACACAAGGCCGAUGGCCCAAGAAAUCUGCAGAGUUCUUGCUCCAACUCCUAAGAAAUGCGGAAUCAAAUGCUGACUACAAAGGGCUAGAUGUUGACAGGCUGGUUAUUGAUCACAUUCAGGUGAACCGCGCGCCGUGCCUGCGCAGGCGCACGUACCGCGCCCACGGCCGCAUCAACCCCUACAUGUCGUCGCCGUGCCACAUCGAGGUGUGCCUCAGCGAGCGGGAGGACGCCGUGGCCAGGGCCGCGCCCACGGACGACGCGCCGGCGAAGAAGAAGCUCUCCAAGAAGAAGCUCGCCCGCCAGAAGGAGAAGAUGAUGAGGGAA